GUAUGGCAACCGCCGUUAAACCUCAUCAAAUAAGAAGAUUAUGACAUCUGUCGUUGAAGCGAAGAUUGUUCUGUCUGUGGUUGCAGUUGUAGCUGUAAUAGCGUUCAGCAGACAGGACUUGCAUAAACCUUGGCGUUCACCGGGCAGAAGUUUCCACAUAUCCAGAAGAAAAGUUAGUUUGCUGUCAAAGUUGAGCUAAAGGAGAAUCAGAGAUGUGUGCUGCUCUCUACGUGCUGUCUACGGUGAUGGGGUAUGUGCUCACCUCUGCCUUGUUAUUGAAAUGCCCAACACUUCUGCAUCGGCGGAAGAGAGAGCCAUUCCUGAGCAGACACAUAUCCCAUCGUGGAGGGGCAGGUGAAAACCUGGAGAACACCAUGGCAGCUUUCAAGCAUGCAGUGGACCUUGGCACUGACAUGCUGGAGCUGGACUGUCACAUGACCAAGGACGAGCAGGUGGUCGUGUCACACGAUGCCAACCUGGAGAGGUCGACUGGCGUCAGUGCCCACAUCUCUGACGUGGCCUACGCCGAUCUGCCUCCUUACCUGUGCAAGCUUGGUGUGACUUUCCAGAGAGAAUGCGUCUGUGAGGGAGGGGAUGACAAACGCAUUCCUCUCCUCAGGGAUGUGUUUGAGGCCUUCCCUAAGACCCCUGUCAACAUUGACAUCAAGGUCAACAAUGACACCCUUAUCAAGAAGGUCUCUGAGCUGGUUGUGAAGUAUGACAGAGAACACAUCACUGUUUGGGGCAACUCUAGCAACCAGAUUGUGCAGAAGUGUUACAAGGAGAACCCUCGUAUCCCAGUGCUGUUCAGCAUGCGCAGGGUUCUAAUGCUGGUGGGUCUCUUCUACACCGGCCUUCUGCCAUUUGUGCCCCUCAAAGAGCAGUUCCUGGAGAUCCCCAUGCCCUCCAUCGUCACUAACACAAGGUGUACCUGUGUAAUGACCAUGCUUCUUGAAAUGCCACACCUGUCCCGUGGAUGGAUUAUCUUGGCAAAGGAGAAAUGCUCACUACCAGGGAGACAUCUUAUGAGGGAUCCUGAUAAGAUGACCAAGAGUCAGCAUGUCAUCACCUGGCUGGCAGAUACCCUGCUGAUGAGAAGAGCUCUGUUCAAUCACCUAACAGCAAGGGGAAUACAAGUUUAUGUCUGGGUGCUGAACGACGAGAAGGACUUUAAGAGAGCCUUUGACCUGGGAGCCACAGGGGUCAUGACCGACUACCCCACAAAGUUGAGGGACUUCAUGGAGAAGAAUGGCACUGCUAAAUCACUAAAUAAACUAGACUGAAUGAUCUGCCAAAGUUGCCACUUCCCCACCACUAAAGCCAACUGAUUUGUCAAACCAUCUCCAGACUCCAUGUAGAUACAGUACUGUUUGAACACUACCACAGGCAGCUAAGAUUAUUUGGCCCUUUGUCCUGCACGUCAACUGGGCAAUACGCCUUGUUAGUGAAUCUACUUUUACAGUAAGGUUUUGUUAUGUUGUUUGAUUUAAUUUAACAUGGUCAGUUCAGAUGUUAAUCGUAGUUGAGGGAUAUUUGAUCCAAGAAGUGGUUCAAUAUUCAAGUAUGUCGUUGUAUUUUGCUGUUUGACAGAUAAUGCACACAUCUGUCUUAUUCAAGACUUAUUUCAGUGCCAGUCUGUUUGUGCUAUAAUGCCAUCUCCAUUGCUCAUAGUUGAGCCUAACAUGGCAUGACAAUGAGUGAAAAGGAGUUGGCAUGAUAGCAAAAAUACUGGCAUUACAAUUAGUCUUGAAUUCAUGUAAUAGUAAAGUGAUAAUUAUUUUCACCUGCAGAAUCAAUAGAAUUGUAAGUGUUUUAGUUUUUGCAAUUUUAGAUUUAAACUUUUUUUAGUUAUUUAAAUAUUGAUUGUAAAAUUGUAUUGAAAUAUGAAAUGCAUUUGAAGUUUGGUCGUGCUGUAAAGACAACUCUCCAGAAAGGUGCAUAGACUUGUAUAAAACACGGGAAAGGGAUAGAUGUGUACAGUUACUGGAGUUAGAACAGGUGACCUAUUGAAAGGGCAACAGUCAUAUCAGGGAAAGAUGUUUAAUCAGAAGGAAGCCAUGGAAAAUGUAUGACAAUUCAAAGUGUUAGAAUGAAUGAUUAAAGUGAUUUUCUGGAUGUUUUGAAUAA